UUCUUUUCAUCUGUCAUUAUUGCUAUUGAAGUUGCUAUGAAAGUUUUGUAAUCUGCUGAUACAAUGUGGUGGCGGGAAAGAGCGGACGGGUAAUGAGUCUGGUGCGCGCCUGCUGCAAUGAAUGGCUCUCUCUCUUUCUCCCUCUCACUUUUUAGCGCAACCCAACCCUUGUGCAUCGGAAGACGACAAUCGUCCUCAACACCACCUACAUCCGCACACGCACCUACACUCCGUGGAUUCGCCAACUCCUGAUAUCGUAGGCAAGUUUACCGAUGACUGGCAGAGAGGAACCGCCGAAUAG